UUUUGAUAGCAUAAUGAUGUCGUGGCUUUAGAUCAUUUCAGAUCGUACACCUCAAAGAUACUCAAAUCGGCAAAAUCGCUAUCAGAGAACCGGGAUUGCCCGCGAAAUCAAGAAGUCUCGCGCUGUCCUGAUAACGGCUGCCUGCCAAACGUGCCUUCAUUUUUUCAAUUACGUGGGCUAUACAUUUGAGUAGCCGGGUGAUUUCGUAAAAAUGUCUCUGCCAAGCACGUAUGUGGAAGGAUUCCAUGACUUGGAAGCCGUGAAGAAAAUGAAGUACAAUCUUCUGGGCGAAACUGGACUGAAAGUGUCUCAUCUGGGUUUCGGUGGCGCUGCUCUAGCCUAUUUUUACGAAGCGUUUGAUGAAGAAAAGGCGAUUGAAGUAGUGCGUGAUGCUCUAAAAAAGGGGGUUAACUACAUCGACACGGCAGCUUAUUACGGAAAGACCAGGUGCUCUGAAAGGAUUCUUGGGAAGGCACUGAAAGGAGUUCCAAGAGAGGCCUACUACAUAGGAACCAAAGUUGGUCGAUUCUCUGGCGAUGUAGCAACUGGUUUUGAUUUUACCUACAACAGGACAAUCGAAAGUGUAAACGAGAGCUUGCAACUUCUGGGCAUUGAUUACGUUGACAUCAUCCAGGCCCAUGACAUUGAAUUUGCACCGAAUGUGGAUAUCGUGGUGAAUGAGACGUUCCCCGCCUUAGUUGAAGUCGUGAAAGCGGGUAAGGCCAAGUACAUCGGCGUCACCGGCUACCCUAUCAGCGUGCUGAAGGAAGCAAUCGAGCGCAGCAAGUUCAAAGUGGAUUGCGUGCUGUGCUACGCACGCUCCACCCUCCACGACAGCACCCUGCAAGAAUAUCUGCCGUUCUUCCAGAGUCGCAAAAUGGGCAUUAUCUCGGCGGCUGGCACAAGCAUGAGCUUGUUGACCAACAAAGGACCAUUCCCGUGGCACCCGGCUCAUCAAGAACUUAAGGACGCGUGCGCUAAUGCAGUUGAGAUUUGCAAGAAAGAGGGAAUUGAACUUGCACGUCUUGCCGUCUUCCACUCAAUGUCUGUCGAGGGUCCGGCAACCCAUUUGCUUGGAAUUAACUGCAGUGAAGUGCUUGAGCACAAUCUGGAUGUUUGCAUCAACGGCCUGACUCCGAAAGAGCUGGAAGUACUGGCCCAAAUCAAAGCAAACUGCUUUGCCAACGUGAAAAACCGGCACUGGGAAGGCGUUGAAGUCAGCCGGUACAGAGCGGCUUACCAGAAGCUUGUUGAUGAGGGCAAGAUAAAAGCAUGAUUAUGUAUGUAACCUGCACUAAUUGAGAGUAUAAAUCAAGGUUACCAAUAAAAAGUGGUUUCUUUUUCAUUUUGGUGCACGCUCAA